AUGGCGACAGCACAGAAGCAGAGGCAGAAUCAGGCCAUCACCCUCAAGGGUAGUGUCGCCCUCGUCACCGAGUUCUUCGAGUAUAGCGUCAACUCCGAGGCGUCUACCCCUCCGACGAGUUCCGGUAAGCAUCGCUUGGCCGACCUUUCAGCUGACAGCAGAAUGGUGAAGAAGUAUGGCCUGCCCAUGCUUGUGACCGCCGACGAGGGGUUGCAGGAGUAUAUCCAAACGAUCCUGCAGCAGGUUUCUGCCUGGCUGAUGGAGGGUGCGUUGAACCGAAUCGUGCUCGCGAUCAAGUCGAUCGAGACGGAGGAGACGGUUGAGCGGUGGCAAUUCGACAUUCACACCGAGGACGGCCCGACGCAGGCGGGCACAAUGCCAGGUGCGCCCAAGAUCAAGCCGAAGAAGAAGACGGAGAAGGAGGUCCAGGGAGAGAUCCGGGAGAUCAUGAAGCAGAUUACGAGCUCCGUCACCUUCCUCCCCAUUCUCGACGAGCCGUGUACCUUCACGAUCCUCGCGUACACCAACGACAAGCCCGAUGUCGCGAUCCCGAACACGUGGGGAGACGCCGACCCGCAUCUCAUCGACCGCGGUACUGUCGAGCAGGUCCGCCUGAGGAGCUUCAGCACCAACGUGCACUCGCUCGAGGCCAUGGUCGCGUACCGUGUUGGCGAGUAA